CCGUCCAACAGCCUUUUUUACGCUUCUGCCCCUCCGGUGAACCUGUUCCCGCCCUGAUGGCCUCCAGCGACCGCCUCGCCGGGGCAUCGCCGCCGCCGCCUCCGCCUCCGCCCCCUCCCGAUCGUCCGCCUCCGCCCCCUCCCGAUCGUCCGCCUCCGUCUCCGGCUCCGAACCAGAACCACACGGCGAUCUCGUCGCCGCUGCUCCAGUCCUCCGCGGACGCGGACGCGCCGCUGUCGCGGUGGCUCCGGAGGCUGGAGGCGUUCCUCUCCGCGGCAGGGCUGGCGGCGUCUACCCCUCUAGGCGUGGCCUCUGUGGCGUCCGCGCUCGCUGUGGUGGGCCUCGCGCUGCCGGUGGUGGCUGUGACGCUCUCCCCGUGCCACGGCCGCGGGCGGCGGUGCGACGACUUCGAAGUGGAGGUGUUCGAGGUGUGCGUGCUGCUGUCGCAGUUGGCCGCAGCCGCCGUGGCGCUCGCCUGCGUGUCGAGGAAGAUGGCCAUGUACGGCAUCCGCAAGUUCCUCUUCGUCGACCCGGAGAUCGGGAUGCGGAACCGAUUCCAGAAGGAGUACGUCGCCAAGAUCCAGGAUUUCUUCCGCACACUUAUGCGGUGGAUAGUGCCAUGCUUUGUUGUGAAGGUCACCCGAGAACUCUUCCGUUUUUCCCACAUCUUCCAAGAGUCAAUAUGGAGAUCAUGUGUUGUACUAUUUGCUUCCAUCAUGUCAUGGAUGUAUUUGACAACAAUUAUAUUAUCCUCCUGCAUGCUUUUCAACUUGGUUUGCAAUCUGCAAGUUAUCCACUUUGAUGACUACGGCAAACUUCUAGAGCAAGAUGCGGAUCCUUUGGUCUAUUUGAAAGAGCACCUGCAGCUCCGCCACAAUCUCUCCAAAAUCAGUCACAGGUUCCGUGUGUUCCUCUUGCUGCUCUUCCUUUCUGUUACAUCGAGCCAGUUCGCAAUUCUUUUCAAGACAACAGCCUACAAUGGGCCGAUCAAUUUCACCAACGGUGGUGACAUAGCUGUGUCUUCGGUUGUUCAAGUUGUUGGUCUCGUCCUCUGUUUACAUGCUGCUGCUAAAAUUUCCCACAGAGCUCAAAACAUUGCUUCAUUAGCUAGUCGAUGGCAUGCAUUAGCAACAUGCUCUACUGACUCUACUUAUGCAACCACCCCAAACAGUUCUGGGAACCUUGUGCCCUUUCCAGCGCAUCUGUUUUUGAGAGAUUAUUCGGAGAGUGAUCUAGAGUCUCUGGAGAGUGCCUCGGUACAUGGUAGUUCUCAUGGCACAGCUCAAUUGGCUUCGUACAUGUCUUCAUACCACAAGAGAGAAUCACUUGUGCUGUACCUACUAGCAAACCCAGGCGGCAUCACGAUAUUUGGCUGGAUUAUCGAUCGAGCAUUCCUAAAUACCAUUCUGAUGCUCGAGUUAACUCUUGUUCUUUUCGUGCUUAGCAAGACCGUUGUGAUCCCGGCCAAGACACUUGUACACAGUUACAUCGGGUUCCCAUGAUAGAGAUGCACCAAUUCUGACAUUCAGGUUCAAUUAGGCGAGGAUGAUUUGAUGAUGUUGUCAGGGUUUGCAUGCCAGUGGCAGAAACUGGUAGCAAUGGCGAGAAAACUGGUUUCUCUCAGGCUCAAAUCAUAUGCGCAUCGGCAUCAUGCAACUCCAGACAUUUUUUCAGUGUGUUCAGGCUGCAGGCUGGCUGAGGGCGAGGCUAGGUUGUGCCGUGUACAGUUUUGGGCGGGUAAAGCCGGCAUCCUCCAUGUGAGCUAUGAAGUGGUCUGGGCUUCUAUUCUUUCUGUUGUGUAUAUACGCAAUGUAUGCACUAUACUAUAAACCAAUAUGAUGUAUUUCGAUGAAUUUUGCACCUAUUUGGCUAUUUGCCAAUGAUCGAUGGAUUAUGUAAAUGCAAAAACACAAAUCUAACAGGAGGUGCCAUGUGAUCAUUUGGCCCUCAUU